UUUCCACGCUCGGCAUGCGUGAUGAGCUACUAGGCGGCGCCAUGGAUCAGCUGCAAGGCAACUAUAGGAGACCAAUACAGGCGUAAGGCAACGCAGCUCAUUAUCGGGAGCUAUCGCGUUAUCGGCCACGACAACGACGCGCAGAAGCGGACACUAAAGGGUAGGUGACAUCCACAAGCGUAAUCAGUCCGCGUUUCACAGUCGGUGCAGUCACUACAGCGCCAUGAUGGGCACCGAUGGGGUAAGAAAGAACCUGUUUUGCAUUUUAAUGCUUCUGCUUUGUGGUUUCAACGGCUUUGGCCAUUGGGUAAAGGCAGCAUCCAGUCCAUCAGAUCCACAUUAUUGGGCUGGUGUGGUCGAAUUUAGUUCGGCACCGACGAACGAAACCGCGGAAGCCAGCACAGCCCGCCGGUUAGCCGAGUAUUUGUCGAUCAUCGCAUCCAGCGCAGCUAUCGAUACCGAUGUGCUGGUGUUUCCCGAGAGCACACUGAACAGCCACGCAACAGCCUCGUUCGUACCGAAUCCGGCCGAUAAGAUUGCUCCGUGCAACAACCUACAGUACGAGCCGGUCGUUCGUGAUGUGUCGUGUGCGGCGCGCAAUGCGAAGAAGUACGUGCUGAUCAACUUGACCGAGAAGGCCCGCUGUCCGGAGGGCUCCGAUACGCGACCCUGUGCACCCAAUGGCCUGUAUCACUUCAACACCAAUGUGGCGUUUGAUCGGAACGGUAUCGUGGUGUCGCGCUACCGGAAGUUCAAUCUGUUUGGUGAGGCAGGCACCAACACUACCGUCUAUCCGGAGAUCGUUAGCUUCGAAACAGAUUUUGGUGUACGGUUUGGUCACUUUAUCUGCUUCGAUUUGAUGUUUAAUGAACCAGCCUUGGAGCUCGUAAACGUGGGCAUAACGGAUUUCAUCUUUCCCACGAUGUGGUUCUCGGAGCUACCGUUCCUUACCGCAGCCCAGAUUCAACAGGGAUGGGCUUUCUCAAACAACGUGAACCUGCUAGCAGCUGGUGCUAGCUUUCCACCGAUCGGUAGUACAGGAACCGGUAUCUACUCCGGCCGACGUGGUGCCAUUACCACGGCUAUGCACCACGAAGCUCAAACCAAGCUGUAUGUCGCACGGGUACCGAAGAUACAGUUCCCGGAUGCCACGAUCACCAAAAUACCUCAACCGACUGGUACACCAUCUCAAAUGGCAAAGCUCUUCCUGAAGAGAGAUCAGAUCGAUAAAUACGUAACGAAGGACCUUCCAUGGUCCUCGAAUACGCAGCUGAUCGACAGUGUCUGCUACGGUAGCUUCUGCUGCAACUUUACGAUCAAUUACACCGUUAAACAAGUAUUGGCGAACCAGAACUACUAUCGCUACAAACUGGCAGCCUAUGAUGCCGGUCGAACAUUCGAUGGCUUCGCCAACGGUCAUAUUACUACCUGUGCCAUAUUUGCCUGCUCAUCGGCCAACUAUACCGACUGUUCGCAGAGAUUCGGUGAAGCGGCGCAGUACGAAGAGGCCGUCACCUUCAACGCCAUCACGAUCGUAGCCAAAUUCCCCGACAGAUGGGAUACCUUCGUUCUGCCAAAUAACGUCGACACGAGCAUAGUGCCACUGGAUGUCUCGGAGACAGAGUACAGUGUUGUUCCUAGCACGGGAGAUAGCAAACCACAUAACAUCAUUACCUACAAGCUGAUCAAUCCGCGGUCCAACCUCUUCACGUUCGCGAUCUGGUCACGUGUGUUCGAUCCGAUCAGUUCAGACGGUGUUUCUCUGUUUGGAACAGUUUCACCGUUAGUAUUGAUCGGCGCUAUUUGGAGUGUGGUGGCAUCCUCGUGGAGAUUCUAAUGGCGAUAAGCUUUACCAAGUCUUUUUUUGUUUCCCAUAGCGAGGAAAGCAUUCACAAAACGGAGCUGUAGGUUCUGGAAAGUUAAUGAGAAUACAGACCAAUCAUUCAUCAUUUUCAAGCGAUACAUUGAUAGCUCAAACGUCCAUUAUCGGAAAACAGUUGCCAAUUGCGUAUGUUAGAAUAAAAAAGACCAUGACCGAAAACCAG